AUGAAGGUCCUCAGCAAGGAAGAGGAGGCGGCGCACUACAAGGUCGUCGUCAAGGGCGGCCUCAUCGGCGGCACCGCCGGCCUGGCCCUCGGCCUCGGCGGCGUCCUCCUCGCCUCGCGCCGCUACCCUGCCUUCCGGGGCCUCACGCUCCCCUUCCGCACCUUCCUCGUCACCUCGUCGGCCACGUUCGGCGCCAUCGUCAACGCCGACCGCGACAGCACCAAGUUCCAGCGCGCCCAGGACCCCAUGAGCACGUACCAGGACGCCAGCCAGCGCGCCCAGCAGAUCCUCCGCGAGAACGAGUCGGCCUACCAGCGCUUCAUGAGCUGGGGCCGCGAGAACCGCUACAGCAUCGUCUUCGUCUCGUGGCUCGCCAGCAUGGGUCUCGCGCUGGCCAUUGUCGGCCGCGCCCCCAUGAGCACCUCGCAAAAGGUCGUCCAGGCCCGUGUCUACGCCCAGGGCCUGACCCUCGCUGUCCUGAUCGUCUCUGCCGCCUUUGAAAUGAACGACGCCAAGCGCGGCAGCGGCCGCUGGGAGACGGUCAUGGUCCUCGACCCCAACGACCCGGAGCACAAGCACCUCAUCGAGAAGAAGGUCCACAAGGAGGAGUACGAAGGCCAAGAUCUGUGGAAGGACAUGGUCGAGGCUGAGGAGCGCCGGUUGGCCGCCAAGAAGGCCAAUGGCAACAAGGCAUGA